AUGAACAGAAGAAUGGCGACAAAAACCUUGGCAUUGUGGCUGCUACUGGUGGGGGCAGUAUUGCCUCAGGGCUGCUGUCAGCACUGGUCAUAUGGACUGAACCCAGGAGGGAAGAGGGAUCUGGACAGGCUUUCAGACACACUGGGCAAUCUAGUCGAGGCGUUUCCACAGGUGGAAACUCCCUGCAGUGUUUUGGGUUGUGCAGAGGAAUCACCUAUUGCCAAAAUCUACAGAUCGAAAGGAUUUCUUGGCAGUAUCACCGACAGGGAAAAUGGACACAUAACCUACUAA